AUGUCGGCAGGACGCAAGGUCUUCCACUGUGCCGUGGACGAAACGGCACUAACGACGAACAUCAGCGAGAUCAAAAAAUGGGCGACCAACGGGGCUAUCACUCUCAUCGUCCCUCUUUACACUCUCGAGCGCCUUCAUGCAUUGAAGAAAGCCGGGUCGCAGGUCGCCAUCAACGCUCGAGAGGCGGUCCGUUUCCUUGACCGUGCAACCUCGGAUAAAGGCAACGCUGCUUCCGAGAGAGUCAUAUUGCAAGGGCCGAUGGAGCAAUUUGAAAACUGGAGUGAGGCAGAGAAGUUUUUCUUGCCGGAAUUCGAGGAGGAGCCAGAAGCUGCCGGGGCUCCCGUUUCGGCCGGCGAGCCGACUCAGCAGGACAAGCGCGUGGGAAAGGAUGGUGACCGCAGGAAGAGCAAUGGCGCCACCGACGAACUUUCGCGGAUGCUGCUCAGCAAGCUGAACUUCAAAAAGGAUUCCGAUGCCGUCUCAAUCACCUCUACGGGCACUCACAGCGGCCCCGCCUCCCGGCCGUCCUCCAGGAGCUCUCGGACAAGUCCAGAGUUUGCGAAUAGUCAUGCUACGAAUGGGGACGAAGCGAAGGACUUUAAGAACAAGGGACACCGCCGCACCGCCUCCGGUUCUACUAUCCCUGUGGUCCCGCCCGUUCUGCGGCCUUUGAUCAGUGCACUUCUAUGGCAAGUGCACAAAAGUCCCGAUGCUUCCAAUGCUGCGAAGACGCCUAUUCUAAUCAGCAACGACCGUAAUACGCAAAUCUGGGCGCAGAAGUUUGGCAUCGGCGCCAAGAACAUCCACCAGCUGCGGACUUCCAUUCAAUACGAGGAAAGAGAGUACAAGAACCGAUGCAAAUACGUUGAGAAAACCCAGACCGCAGAGCCAAAGCCUUUGCUCUCUUACGAAGAAGAGAGCGACGAGGACGAGCUGGUGUUCGUCCCCCGCGGUCGCGGCAAAGGUGCAUCGAAAAAUGGUAAUUCCCGUGGGGGCAACAACCGCAAAGCCUCAGCGCCAGCAAAGCCUGCUGUGCAGCCUCUGGAGACCACGGUAGAGAUUCCAACCCAGCCGAUCGACCCGAACUCAUUCAGCCGGUCGCUGGGCGUGACCCCGAAGCCGAAGCAGGCGACGGUUGAUCUGAGCACCCAGGCUGGUGCUUCACGUGGCAUCGCAGGCGCCUCGCGGAACAAUGGAAACAGUCGGCGCGGUCCCGCGCGUGGACCAUCCCGUGGUGGCAGCCGUGGUCGUGGCAAACUCUGGGUUCCUUGA